GUUGCAUCCAAUCACAAGGCCAACGACCCUGCUCGAGAGGAAGACCGGCAGCAGCCCAACCUGGACGAGGAGUACCUAGCAAUGGCAGAGAGGCGACGUAAAGUCAGCAGCAAUCGCCUGCGACGGCGAAGCAGGAAAACAGACGCUCUUCUUGUCGCCCUACUUAUAGACGGACUGACCGGUCGCUGGAGAUUGCGCAGGCAUUACCAGAGGCACAUGCACAUGCACUUGCACUUGCACGCCCGUGUCGUCAGCGUCAUAUCAAGCAGCCUGCUACCCCACCAGCAGCCCUCCCACCAGCAGCCCACGGCCUUCCUGCGCACAUCGACCGACCCGCCCGUAGCCAAAAAUAAGUCGACGCCUGUCAUCGCUGGCGAUCCAGGAGCACACACCCGUACCUAUACAUAAUCCGCGCCUCGCAACCAUGGAUCCUCGAAAGCAAGGCCGCCCAGACGAGGAGCUGUUCCUGCGGCCGUCGGAGAAUGGAGAUACCCCUACGAUUGGGCCCCUCAGGAUACGCAAGGAGCAUGAUGGCAAGAGUCCGCCUCCACGAACAGACUCGGCUGGCAGCUCGAACCAGCCCGCCUUCUCGCGCCCUCCGCCUAUGCCCUCGUUCCCUGCCCCGCCCACGGCUCCUCCCACGGCUCCUCUCCCAUACCCAGACGACCGACCGCCUAAGCAACACACGCUGGGCCAGGGGAGAUAUACGCCGCUUAGUGAGCGAGAGCGCCAAACGAAGAACGCAACUCCCCCCGAAUCAGAUGGCUGGAGACGAGGCUCGAAUCCCACAGGCCCGAGUCCAACCUCUCCGAGCCAGCGCGCUCGAUUCGAAGCGAACGACCCGAACAGACCGUCAGUGGGAGGUUAUGGAGCAAGAAAUCCAGACGGCUCUGUACAGCCCUCGAGGCUGGCAGAGCGACGAGGGACAGCGCCCAAGCCGCUCCCAGACUCGCCAGGCCCAGAAGCACCAGACAAGGAGGGUCUAUUCCAGAAGGCGCCGCUGAGGAAGGGCAGUUCGGACGGGAACGCAAACAACCCAUUCCCAGAAUACCACCAGCAGUACUUCCCUCCUCCAGUGGCCACGACUGGCCCCAAGCAAGAUGAGCCAGUACUCAAGAUACCCAACCCAGGCGGCGUCAACCGCUUGAGCUCCACAGCAUCUACUUCGACUGUGAGAGCGCAGCGGGGCUCUCCUCCACCCCCUGAAACUCCCAUCAUCCCUCCUCCCGGCGGUGGCAUCGAAGCACGCUUUGCCGCGGCCGGCAUUGCAGGAACAUCGACACUCACCAACCUCCAGGCGCAAAACGCCCAGAAUGCUGCAGCUGCUCAGCGCAAUCAAGUGUAUGCAAACCAGCAGCCUCGACCAGGAAUCAUAUCGCCAGCGCCACAGCAGCAGCAACAGCAACAGCAACAGCAACAACAACAACAGCCGGCACGGAGACCAUGGACGCCAACUGAGCAACCAGGGAGUACCCCACAUGGUCCGCCAACUGUAUAUCAAGGCAUGGAUCAGGUUCCUCCCUCGAGUAGUCCUCCACAGGGUCCUCUUCCGCAAGCUCCAACCUUCUCCCCACCUCCCACAAAUGUGCCCCCAGAACAUCCCAUGCACCAAGAGAUGGGACGUAUGAAUCUGAAUGAGGAACCACCGCCAGCCUACUCGAGCAUCCCGCAUGCACCAACGACGCAGGGCCAGAGCUACCCCAAUGAGAAAGGACAGCAACCCGUUGCACAGGGUGGUGUGUCGCUGACGGAUCCAAAUCAAGGCCACCCUGCGUUCGCGAAUGAUCCCCGCCAGCAGGCAGGUCCAUCACAGCAGCCUGCUGCAGUCAUCGCGCCAACCCCGACAGCAAGCCAGUUCCCAUUGCAGAUACAAACAUCACAACCAGCUCAUACGCCAAGUCCAGCACCGGGGCCAGGGCCAGCUUCACCUCCGCCCCUACCUGAAGGCUGGAUAGCACACUUGGACCCCAGCUCGGGUCAGUAUUACUACAUACAUCUCCCUACACAAUCUACACAGUGGGAGUUCCCCAAAGGUCCUACACCUCUGAAUCUUAACGAGCCCCUGUCCCCGACAGGUACGUUCGUAGGGGGUCCUCUAGCUUCUCCAUCUUUCGGCAAGGCUCCUCUGGCAUCUCCUGGAUUCCCAACCCAGACAGCUAGCUUCGCGGGAGACUUUGGCAUGGCACCGCUCGCGACUCCAACGGCGGCAGGUUUUACUGGGCCACCCCCAGCUGCGGGCGUGGACCAGUACAAAGUUGCGCCUACUAAUGGCGUGUAUUUUGGGCCGUAUUUGAGGUACACAAAUAUGGAUGUCGAGCGAGGAUUGUGGCUGGGCUCAAUUCUUCUCGUCACAAACACUCCCCAUCCUCCGACAAUCCAUAUCCAUCAAAGCGCAGAUUUGUCGCCAAACCCACGUCAACUCAAGGCAAACCCCAUCUACACACAUCAGACAUGGAUCUUCUACCGAUACGACAUCGAUUUGAGAAUGGAGGAAGAGCAUGCCGCCAAGUGGACGUACGCCAUCACUUCACAUUUGGGCUGCACACGAUUCGAGUUCUUGGUUGCAGGACGCCGUGAGACCAGCUGGCGCUUUAUUGCUCAUUCUGGCAAUGACUUUGCCCUCAAUGUCACCGCCAACGAAAGGACUAAACUCGGUGGUGUAGGCCUCAUGUGGAAGGAUAUCUUGCAAAAGAACGACGAGUGCGGUGGCUUCCACGUGCAACUGGGCUUGGGUGGCCAGAUCUACGCGGAUCGUUUGUGGAAGGAGCUUCCUUUGCUAAAACAAUGGACAGCAACGAGUGGCAAGGAGAUUCGCAAGAACGCACCAUGGACCGCGAAACAUGAAGAAGAUGUCUGCCACGCUUACUUCCAUUACUACACCAGCCAUUUCGAUCAACCACAUCUGAGAGAAGCAUUUGCCCAGAUACCACACAUUCUCGCCCUCGAUGACCAUGACAUCUUUGACGGCUUCGGCUCGUAUCCCGAAUACAUGCAAUUCUCCAACAUGUUCAAGAACAUAGGAAGGCUGGGCAUUGAGAUGUAUCUGCUCUUCCAGCAUCAUACAACGCUCGAGAUCCUUCGCAAUGUCAGCAAUGACAUGGAUCUCUUUACCAUUACUGGAACAGGAUGGCACUUCAUCAAGUAUCUUGGCCCUUGCGUUACGGUUGUGGGCCCAGAUUGCCGCUCUGAGCGAAACCCGCACCAAGUCAUAGCCGGGCCAACUUACCAGGGCAUCUUCCCCAAAGUUGCGACGUUACCUCCUAGUGUCCAGCACUGCAUCUGGAUGGUACCAGUACCAAUAGUGUAUCCUCGCCUUGAAUCCGUCGAGCACCUCGCGCAUUCAAUGGCAACAGGGAAGAAAGCCGUCACAGGUACUUUCAAUAUGGUUGGAAAACUAACCAGCUCUGUCGCUGGUGUUGUUGGCGCUAAGAGCAUUGUUGGUGAUGGGUUCAGUUCGGUCAAGAAGGCCAUUGGCAAAUCGGGUUUGAUGAGUGGUGUUUUGAGUCCGUUUGGAGAGAUUGACCUGCUCGAUGAACUGAGAGAUCAGUGGACACACGAUUCAAAGGACCUUGAGCGAACCUACCUGAUAAGAACAUUGCAAGGCAUUGCACACAACAAGUCAUUACGAAUGACGUUCUUUUCAGGAGCCGUCGACUGCUGUGGUGCUGGGCUCGUCCACGAUCCUUCACGACCUCAGGAUCAUAAGACGAUGUAUCAAAUCAUCUCGUCGUCAAUAGUAAACGGACCACCAGGCAACUAUGUCCUACGACUCCUCCACAACAAUCGCGCGCUUUAUGUUCCACAGAACGGCCAGCGUAGCAGCCAGCAAGCGACAGACACAAAGGAGGAUAUGAUGGAGAUCUUCACCCAAGAUGUAAACGGCCAGCCACGAGAGUACAAGAGGCUCAUGGGUCGAAGAAACUAUGUCGCUUGUGUAAUCUAUGAUCCUGAGAUAGUCAACGGGACAUUUGGCCAAGCUGUGCCGGGUCAUGGCAGUGGGAAGCUAAGUCUGGCGGUAGACUUUAUGGUGCAGAACGAUGGCGGGUACAGCGCGCCAAUGAAGUAUGGACCAGUUAUAGUACCGAGCUUGGAGUAUGGGCGAUAGAUAGGGAUGUGGCUUAACGCACUUUUUGUAUACGUGCGUUUGAGCGGUGGUCAUGCAUAGCGAGCGUUGCUUUCAAUCCCCGGGGGUACAGUGGGCGAGCUCUUUGGACGAUACCAUGAAACAAUAAUACAAUCCUGUUCAUACC